AUGCUACUGACAGUAUUGGUGGCUAUCUCCACCUUUGUCACCGUCGUAUUAUUGCUGUUACCCUCUCCGGGGCAUGCUGCUGAAGCACAAUGUUCCGUCCAAGUCGUGGUGUUGGGCGACCUGGGCCGCAGUCCUCGCAUGCAAUAUCACGCUUUGAGCAUCGCGACUCAUGGUGGCCGUGUCCAGCUUGUUGGCUACAGAGAGACUGAUCCGUUGCCCGAGCUGGUCGCCCAUCCCAGUGUCACGCUUGUUCCAUUGACACCUGCUCCUCGAUGGCUUCAAACCAGCAACAAGCUCCUGUUCCUUGUAUCUGGACCGUUGAAAGUCCUACUACAGACAUGGACGCUUUGGAACAUUUUGAGCUACGCUACUGCUGCUCCCAAAUGGAUGCUUGUCCAAAACCCUCCCUCAAUUCCCACUUUACUGGUCGUUGCUAUAGUGUGUUUCUUUCGACGAACCCGGCUUAUUGUCGACUGGCAUAAUUUUGGGUAUUCCAUCCUGGCUCUGAAGCUGGGCGCAGAUCAUCCUCUGGUCCGAAUAUCCAAGUUGUAUGAAAUCAGUCUGGCGAAGGCAGCGACGACAAACUUUACCGUAACAGAUGCCAUGGCUCGUGUGUUGAAAUCGGAUUACAAGAUCACUGCUCCUAUCUUGACUUUGCAUGACCGGCCAGCAGAGUUGUACCAGCCUCUAACGGCUUCAAAGCGGCUGGCCUUCUUGCAGCGUUACCCCCUCAUUCGAAACCAAUUCAACGCAAUUGUCGACUCAAAAGUCAGACUGCUCGUCUCUUCGACCUCUUGGACAGCUGACGAGGAUUUUGGUCUUCUCCUGGAUGCUCUCUGUAGCUACUCUGCCAGUGCCACCUCGACGCAUCCACACCUUCCAGAACUUGUCGUUGUGAUCACUGGAAAAGGUCCUCAAAAACAAUUCUAUCUCGACAAGAUUCGAGACCUCCGGUCAGAACAGGCUCUCGAAAUGGUGAGCAUCUAUACCGACUGGCUUAGCUUCGAGGAUUACGCUCUUCUCUUGGGUUCUGCAGAUCUCGGCGUGUCCCUACAUACCAGCAGUAGCGGAGUAGACCUGCCCAUGAAGGUGGUUGACAUGUUCGGUGCUGGUCUUCCCGUGACGGGCUGGAGCAGCUUUGCUGCAUGGCCGGAGCUAGUGACAGAAAACGUCAACGGCAAAGGCUUCGGCAGCGCGGAAGAAUUGGUAGAUAUCCUUCGUGAAUUGUUUGAUCCCAAUUCACAACAGCUUGCAAGAUUAAAGGAAGGAGCUAUAAGGGAGAGCCAACGCCGAUGGGGUUCCGAAUGGGAUCCUGUGGCUGGCAAGCUCUUCGGUCUGGCAUCUUGA